AUGUUAAAUGAAAAUCUUAAUAAAUAUUUUUGAAUGAAAUCGAAGCAGCGCGGACAACCUGUACCCACAAAAGAAGUAGCAAGCUAUGCAGCUUCACAUAUAGAAAUCCAGCGAGAUUUGCAGCUCGAAAGCGACGAAGACUUAUUUAAACCUAAGCGGCUCUCCCCCAGUUCUUCGUCAACGACCAAGAAGAAAUCCCAGCCAGGAAGCAAAAUUGCUUUGGACGGGAUUUUGGGCCUCGCUUCGUUAAUGACGAGUCCUGAGCCAGAAGAAAUUAAAGAAGAGCCAGCCGACUGGUUCCAGCCUUUUCCAAUAUGCAAUAGCAUUUCUUGGGACAUCUUACCAACUGGUUUGCCUUUUCAAGGCAAAGACCUCAUGCAAGCCUCAAUCCACAUUUACUACCAAGGCCGAUCAGACGCUUUCAAAUAG